CCCGGCCGCGCGCAGGCAGCCCAGCCCAGCCCAGCCCAGCCCAGCCCGAGCCGCCGGGCAGCCGCGAGCAUGAAGGACCGCACCGGGGAGCUCCGCGCGGCUAAGGACAGCGACGAUGAUGAUGAAGUCACUGUUAGCGUGGACCGGGAUCGCUUCAUGGAUGAGUUCUUUGAACAAGUAGAGGAAAUUCGAGGGUUUAUUGACAAAAUUUCGGAGAACGUGGAGGAAGUGAAGAGGAAGCACAGUGCCAUUCUUGCUGCACCCAACCCAGAUGAGAAAACAAAGGACGAGCUAGAAGAAUUAAUGUCCGACAUCAAAAAGACGGCAAACAAAGUGCGCUCCAAGUUAAAGAGUAUUGAACAGAGCAUUGAACAAGAAGAAGGACUGAAUAGAUCAUCUGCUGACCUAAGGAUAAGAAAAACUCAGCAUUCCACAUUAUCACGCAAGUUCGUGGAGGUGAUGUCGGAGUACAAUGCCACACAGUCUGACUAUAGAGAGCGCUGCAAAGGGAGGAUUCAAAGGCAACUGGAAAUCACUGGUAGGACUACAACCAGUGAGGAGCUGGAAGACAUGCUGGAGAGCGGGAAUCCAGCCAUUUUCUCCUCUGGGAUCAUCAUGGACUCCAACAUCACAAAGCAAGCACUCAAUGAGAUUGAGACGCGGCACAGCGAGAUCAUCAAGCUGGAGAACAGCAUCCGGGAGCUGCAUGACAUGUUCAUGGACAUGGCGAUGCUCGUGGAGAGCCAGGGUGAGAUGAUCGACCGCAUCGAGUAUAAUGUCGAGCACUCCGUGGACUAUGUGGAGAGGGCUGUGUCUGAUACCAAAAAAGCUGUUAAGUACCAGAGCAAAGCCCGACGGGUGAGUACUGUGAUCACCUGGACUCAGCCAUGGGCAUGCAGCACCCUGCACCCUGUCACCUGCUGGCUGGGAAUGCCCCCUGCCAUCCUGAGGAGCAUGAACCAGCUCUCCAGGCUUCCAGGUGUGAGCCAGUCACUGUCCCAUCCAGCAGGGGAUGAACCCUGGCCCUUGUCCCCAGUAGACCCCAGUGGCCUGUCCCUGCUACCAGCAGCCAUCUCAGUGGGGUGUUCUUGCUGCUGGCUGCAAGGUGUGUGGAGUCAGCCUGCUCCGGUGGGGAGGAGCAGGGGGCAUGUGCAGAAGAGCAGAAUGCCAGCCAGCUGGCAUUUCUUUUUUAUGCAUAUUUUCACCCUCCUUGGGUGGGAAUCCUGUGGCCCUUCCCUGCCUGUUUAGUGCUGAGCUGGUGGGGAGUGUAGGAGAAGAGUUCCCCCUGGUGCCAUAGUCCAGGCAUCACAGCUCUUGCCUAUGCUGGGCCCCAAACCAGGAGCAAAGGUCUUCAGGUUGAGGGAGAGGAGUGGGACCUGGCUUGGCUCUGCUGUGCAGGGGACUGGGCUGUGUCUUGGCAGGGCAAGCCUUCAUCUGACCCCUCAUUGGAGCCCAUGGAGUUGGUCAGUCAGCUCCAGGGGGCCUGACUGAGAGUUGGAGUCAGCGCUCGGCACACGCUGAGUUUUCCUGGGAAACAAUGCCUCCAGAUGGCAGCAGGGACUCUGCCUCACGUCCAUGAAGUGCCCUAGGCCUCCAUGUUCUGAAGUGGAGCCCCACCACCCAGUACUAGAAGAAACAAAGACUAAGGAGAGCUUGGAGACAACAAAGAGCCCAUCACCAGUGGAGACUGAGUCGGGUCCCCGGCAGGGGAGGGUUAGGGUGUGUGCUGCUGUUGACUGAUACCAUCUCCCUUUCUCUCCCCUGUCGGUGCUGCGGGAACGGGCCUGAGCAGAAGAAGAUCAUGAUCAUUAUCUGCUGCGUGGUGCUGGGCAUUGUCAUCGCCUCCACCUUCGGCGGCAUUUUCGGAUAGAACUUCCCAAGCCCAGACUCUUUCUUUUCAAAGAGUCCAAGGAAGUGAGGCCGAACUGCUGGGCCUGGCAGCCGCCCUGCAGGGAGCCGAGCCUCAGCGCCCCCGGGAGCCCUUCCAGCAGAAUUUCAGUUUCUAAUGCAUGAUCGUUUUGUAACUGUGCGUGUGGUGCGGUACGUCUGUGUGGAGAGGGGCUGCACCAGGCCAGGAGGGCGGGCAGUGUGGGGAGCCAGGGCCAGGGCAGGAGGGGACAACAAAGCAGGGACCUGAGAUGCCAGGGGUUGGGGGAACUGGGAUCCAGAGAGGGCAGAACACACUUGGCACUGCUUCUAACACACGGAGCCAGAUGGCAUAGGCACAGGUGCAGGUUGCCCGUGACCAGUCUUCUAACAUGCAGCCAGGCACAUGGCAGCUGAACGCACUGGCUGAGGGAGCACCCUGAGAACAAGGAGCAGGGCUAAUGUCAGUACAGGGCAAUGCUGGGUUCUCAGGGCAGGUGCUGGCCAACCAACCCCCCAGUCAAUUCUGGGCCCUCGCUGGCACAGCUAACAUCUGUGUCCCUAGCACCUGCCCUGUCAGGCCACUCAUAACGCAGCACUUCUGCUGGCUCCUUUUCCUGGCCAGUUGUGGCAUCAUGCCCACCUCCUUGGCAGAUGCUUCCUGCAGUGUCCCUCACACCUGGCAUCCCUUAACUCUUGUGUGACCACUUCCUGCAGUGUCCUGGCUUCUCUUCCUCUUCCCCAGCUGCCUUGCCCAGUGGCUGCUCCGGGCAUGUUCCCUCCACUCUGGCUCCUGCAGGGCUGGGUUCUCUGCUGCUGCCUGUGCUGGUCAGAAAUGUUUUUCUGUGAGGCUGGGCUGACAGGGCAACAGUCCCCGUGCCUUGGAGUGCACAUCCCCAGGUAGGACCAGCGCUGCUGCGUGGGAAGGAUCAGGAGUAGACAGACCGGGGUAGACAGAAUUGCAUUCCUCCCUGCUGCCCCCCUAGGCCAGCUAGGGCACAUUCUUGCUCCUUGCCCUUUUGGCCUGAGAGGUGAGCUGUGCAGAGCUGGCACUGUGCGGCGAGCCCAAAGGAGGAUUGAGCAGAGGCCUGAGCUCUGCCACUGACUGGGCAGGGGAGAUGGUGUGGGAGCAGGGGUAGUUCUUGGCCUUGCUCCUGGCCCCCUCCAUUCCUAUGCCCCACUGUUAGAAGAGCCCCAGGUCCCUUCACUGCACCUUGCACUUACUUGGGGAAUGCCCCAUGGUACUGGAGGUCGCCUUGGCCAUUGCCUAACACUUCCACCAGCUCUGGGCUGAUAUUCAUAGAAUCAUAGAAAAUUAGGGUUGGAAGGGACUUCAGGAGGUCAUCCCAUCCAACCCACUGUUCAAAGCAGGAUCAUCCCCAAUUAUCAUCCCAGCCAAGGCUUUGUCUAGCAGUGUCUUAACCAUCUCCAAGGAUGGAGAUUUCACAACCUCUCUGGGUAGCCUGUUCCAGUGCUUUACUACCCUCCUAGUGAGAACGUUUUUCUUAGUAUCUAACUUAAACUUCCCUUGCUACAACUUAAGACCAUUGCUCCUUGUUCUGUCAUCUGCCACCACUGAGAACAGUCCAGCUCCAUCCUCUUUGAAACCACCCUUCAGGUAGUUGAAGGCUGUUAUUAAAUCCCCUCUAUCUUCUUCUCCAGACUAAAUAAACCCAGUUCCCUCAGCCUCUCCUCGUAAGACAUGUGCCCCAGGCCCCUAACCAUCUUCAUUGCCCUCUGCUGGACUCUGUCCAAUUUGUCCACAUCCUUUCUGCAGCGGGAGGCCCAAAACUGGACACAGUACUCCACAUGUGGGCUCACCAGUGCCCAAUAGAGAAUAAUCACUUUCCUUGAUCUGCAGGCACCACUCCUACGAAUGCAGCCCAGCCUUUAUCUGAAGGGAUUUCCCAGCUCCUCGUUCUGGGUAGCAGAGCCUUAGUAAUGCCUGGCAGCAACCUGCUCCUUCUCGUCACCUCUCUGCCGUGUCGCCAGCCCUAGAGCCACCACCCUGCCCACAGCCAUGCAGUGUGCAUCCAGCUUGAGAAACGCUUGGGUUGGCUGGAAGAGCUGCCCCAAUGACCCACAGAGCUGCCCAACCCAACUGCACCCAUCACUAGACUCUUCCAUCUAGCAAUAGGCAAGUGCAAUUCAGUCCUGCAACUUCACUUCCUUCCAGCUCCCUAAGAAUUGUGUGGGGAGGGACCAUUUGACAAGUGGGUCUGUCCCCACCCUCCCCAGCAUUGCAGGCACUUCCCAGGAUGUAAGAGAAGCACUAUAUCUCACUAUCCAACAGCAUCCCACGACCCCCAGCACACGUUACUCCUGCUUUCUGAUGGGACCAGUUCAGAGCCAACGUUGACAGUCUGGUCUUCAUGGCAGCAGAGGGUCCUCACCCCACUACUGUUCAUGCGAAAGGCAAAUUUCAGACUGGGCUAUGCCUGGAACAGGCCCUGCAGUGUUGUAUGUACCAAUAUGGUCUAGGGGGAGGCGGGGUUGGGAGGGAAUGCAGCCUGCCUUAGCACCAGGGAAUCAGGCCAUCCCAGCAAGGGGCAGCAACCAGCAUCAAAACUUCCCAUCACCUCGGUCUCUGCCAAGGGCAUCCUAAGUCAGCUUCUGCUCCUAAGCAAGCUACUUAUUACAGUGACCCUGAUAGGCCCAAGUGAGACCCCAGACCUAAGCUGGCACCUGCAUCCUGGCCCUGAGGUGGUGCAAAGGCAAGAGGAGCCACUCAUUUGCUUAUAGAAGGCAAACAGGUACAUACUCUCUAUGGAGAAACAACCCAUGCAAGCAACUGGCUGGGGCCUAGGAGGCAGCUGUAUGUGAAAGCAUCUCUGCAGUGCUCAGGGACCCCCAGCUGAACCUACUUGGCUGCUGUUCCUGUGGCAGUCCCAGGGGGCUGCCCUGCAAGUGGCUGCCACAGCAAGGUAUGAAUUACCGUCUCCAGUCCUGCCCCAUCCAAUCCCAUUUUGCGAUGGUUGUCAGUGCUGCAAGGAGCUUGUCUUUUAGCUCCCCAGCAACAUGCUUGCCAGCACCUCCCAACACAAAGCAGCAAGCUGAGAUGAGACCCCCAGGAGAAGUAGGCAGCUCCCACAGGGUUCACAGCUUGUCAUGAGUUGGGCUGUAAUAUGCCCCUGCUAUAGCCUCCCUUUAAAGCCUGUAGGGGAAUCAAGGCUCUGUGUGAAAUCAGUGGGUGUCAUCUCUGAGCCAAAGAGCUUUGGGAACUGUCAGAUCUUCUGCUCCUCUGCCCAGGGCUGAACCAAAAUGGGCUCUCUUCCCAACACCAUUAAUAAAAGGUCCAGCAAAAUUCAAAUCAGCUUGGUGCCAGCCAUCCAGUAGAAGUGUCUGCAGAGGGUGUUUUCUGCCAAUGGCCAAGGAACAGGCACCAGGAGGGCAGCAGGAGUAAAACCCUGCCAAAAUAGCUCAGGGUUAAGCUGAGGGGCUUAAAACCACAAAGGGAACAAGGCCUUUUGGGCACUUACCUAUCCCAAGGAGAGGGGGCUACAGUGCCAUGGGUAGUAGGGAGCAUGGAGGGUUUAGCCUUUUACCAGCUAAUUGAGGCCAGGGCUUAUCCACAGCCACAUGUAGCUAAGGUAGUGAGAACAGACAACAGCUCCACCAUAUGUGAGGUCUUUGAGUUGGGAAAGUGGUUGGAUUCCAGAUGCCAACACCCUUACUCUGUCCCCUUACAAAGAGGCUCAAUACCCUGAGCUUUCCUCUGCCUUAUGCAAAAACCAGCCAGUAAGAUCUUCAAAGGAAGGCUUCCCCCUUUGUUAAGCAAUAACAUUGCCAGCAAGGCAGGUCCUGGGGGGAGGAAAACAGUAGCUCCAUCAAUCCUCAGGAAAGGCAUAUGUCAAGAUGCUCACUGCUGUUAAAGACUGAUUAGGCAUUUCUUCAUGCACCUCUGCAGCACCAUUAUUGCCUAGUGCAGCAGAGCUGUGACACACUCGAGUGAGUGAGGCAGGAGCACAACAUAGACACUGCUGGUCUGCUCAGGCAGCUGUGCUCUGGGGGGUCAAGUCCUGAAGCAGCAUUGUUGGAAGACAGGCACGUAUUAAUGUCAGUUUAGCAAAGAGACACACAAAACCCAACAAAACAGGCUGUGGGGACCCAGCCCUGGAGUAGGAUUCUGCAAGGCUGGGACUGCCUGUACCCUUACUUCAGGCUUUAUUAGGGCCUGAUCACAAGCAGUGAGUGGGGCUGAGGUAUGGACCCCAGCAGGAGCCAUAUACCACAAUGCCACCCCCCCAUGGCUAUAAGCAGGGGAGGGAAGCAUUUGGGACCAGUACUGUAAUCCCUGCACGUGGGUAAGCCCUAUCCUGUUCCCCCCUGCCCACCCAUGUUGCAUGUGGAGACUGGAUUCACAAUGGUGUGCUUGUGCUUGGGAAGAUGUUUCACUUUUUCUUUAGGAAAAUCAAUCUCAAGGUGUCUUUUUUAAAGAAUUAUCUGUUCCAAGUGCCACAUGGCCUCCCAGUGUGGGGGUUGUCUUGCGCAGUAUUCCAUGAGCUAUGUCAGGCACGUGCAGCUUGCGCUCUUAGCAGGGGAGUGUUUUGUUCUUUAAAUUCAGUGCACUUGAAAGUGUUCAGCGACCCCCUUGGAGUUGUACCACUGCUGUACCGUGAGCUGAGUGUCCUUGUUUUCCACGUGGAUCUUGAACCUGGCUUGCUCAGUCUCCAUGGACUGGAUGACGCUGUGUUGCCUCUUUUUCUCCAUCUAGUCCCUGUCCUUCCUCUGCUAAGACUCCUUUCCCCACUGCUUCAGAUGCAAAAUAGCUUCCCAUUUUGUGGAAUUUUUAUGUAGAAUAAACAUUUGUAACCACA